AUGCCCAGCCACGCUUGUGUCGCCGGUGCCGCCUCAGUCGGAACUGCCGCCGUCAAAGAGGGAGGCGGCGUGCCGCUGUUCUGGUUGUCAGGAGCAGUCUUGUGGCCACCAGAAACACCACCGGGGAUGCCGCCACUUGGCUCAGUAACUUCUCCUUGGUUGUGGGCUGAGUUCGAGUUAUGGCAUGUCAUGGUUAGGGUUGUUGUUACUGUUGCGACAGAGUUUCGUUUGGGUCGUGGUUUAGCUUUAUCUAGCACCUGUCAUCGGUGUCAGAAUGGUUCUGAAUCCAUUCUUCAUUGUCUUCGGGAGUGCCCUAGUGCCAAGGAGGUCUGGACCCUUUUAGGCUUGUAUUCAGAUAACUCGAAUUUACAUGAUUGGCUCUACAGAGGUGCAAGGAGUGGAGAUGCUUUUCUUUUCUUUUCGACUAUCUGGUGGAUUUGGAGAAGCAGAAAUCAUGACUUAUUUAAUAUAGAUGAUUCAUGGAGUGCUAGUAAAGUGGUGAGUUUGAUUCGUAGUUCAGUAAGGGAGUUUCACACUAUUUUUGCUAUGCAUCAAUCUCUGUCUCCUCCUUCACUUUGUUUGCAUUGGGUUCCACCUCCAGUUCAUUCUGUUAAAUUGAAUUGUGAUGUUAGUUGGUUUGCUCCUUCUGGCUAUGCUGGUUUUGGUUGUAUUAUUCGCAAUCCUGAUGGAUGUUGGUUGAAAGGUUGCACUGGAAAAGUCGAAGUGUGCAGUGUUCUUUUUGCUGAAUUGUAUGCAAUUUGGAGAGGUUUACUUCUUACUUGGGAGAGUGGAUUUCGUGAGGUUAUUUGUGAAACAGACUGUUUAGAAGCUCUUUUCUUGGUAAACCAAAGAAUGCUUAGUAAGGAUAUUCCGGAAUGGGAUUUGGCAAAGCAUAUUCAGGAGGUUAUGAAUUGGAAUUGGAGAGUCUCUAUUCUUUUAAUUCAGAGGACUGCAAAUAGUGUUGUAGAUUGUAUGGCUAAAGCAGCUGCUUCUGUCGCGGACAUUCACUCGAAUUGGAGCCAACCAUGGAGUGAGCUUCAACAUCUAAUAGAUUUAGAUAUGACCCUAGCCAAUUAA